AAUUUCGGCUGCUCAGACUUGCUCCGGCCUUCGCAGUCCGCGCCCAGCGACCUGCGGACAGCCCCGAACCCUAAUCUGCACCCCGCAGAGCCUCCCCUGCCCCAUCCCGGCGUUGCAGUCACCGCCCGCUGCGCGCCACCCCCAUGCCCGCCGGUCGCCCGGGCCCCGCCGCCCAAUCUGCGCGGCGGCCGCCGAGGCCGCUGUCCUCGCUGUGGUCGCCUCUGUUGCUCUGUGUCCUCGGGGUGCCUCGGGGCGGAUCGGGAGCCCACACAGCUGUGAUCAGCCCCCAGGACCCCACGCUUCUCAUAGGCUCCUCUCUGCAAGCUACCUGCUCCAUACACGGAGACACGCCCGGGACCACGGCCGAGGGCCUCUACUGGACCCUCAAUGGGCGCCGCCUGCCCUCAGAGUUAUCCCACUUACUCAACACCUCCACCCUGGCCCUGGCCCUGGCCAACCUCAACGGAUCCAGGCAGCAGUCGGGGGACAACCUGGUGUGUCAUGCCCGGGAUGGCAGCAUUCUGGCUGGCUCCUGCCUCUACGUUGGCCUUCCCCCUGAGAAGCCUUUCAACAUCAGCUGCUGGUCCCGGAACAUGAAGGACCUCACUUGCCGCUGGACCCCGGGUGCACAUGGGGAGACAUUCUUACACACCAACUACUCCCUCAAGUACAAGCUGAGGUGGUAUGGUCAGGACAAUACAUGUGAGGAGUACCACACUGUGGGCCCUCACUCCUGCCACAUUCCCAAAGACCUGGCCCUCUUCACUCCCUAUGAGAUCUGGGUGGAAGCCGCCAACCGUCUGGGCUCAGCUCGGUCUGAUGUGCUCACCUUGGACGUCCUGGACGUGGUGACCACGGACCCCCCACCCGACGUGCACGUGAGCCGUGUUGGGGGCCUGGAGGACCAGCUGAGCGUCCGCUGGGUCUCACCACCUGCUCUCAAGGACUUCCUCUUCCAAGCCAAGUACCAGAUCCGCUACCGAGUGGAGGACAGCGUGGACUGGAAGGUGGUGGAUGACGUCAGCAACCAGACCUCCUGCCGCCUAGCGGGCCUGAAGCCCGGCACUGUGUAUUUUGUCCAAGUGCGUUGUAACCCAUUCGGGAUCUACGGAUCGAAAAAGGCGGGAAUCUGGAGCGAGUGGAGUCACCCCACCGCUGCCUCCACCCCUCGAAGUGAGCGCCCGGGCCCGGGCGGCGGGGUGUGCGAGCCGCGGGGCGGCGAGCCCAGCUCGGGCCCGGUGCGGCGCGAGCUCAAGCAGUUCCUCGGCUGGCUCAAGAAGCACGCGUACUGCUCGAACCUCAGCUUCCGCCUGUACGACCAGUGGCGUGCUUGGAUGCAGAAGUCACACAAGACUCGAAACCAGCACAGGACGAGGGCAUCCUGCCCUCGGGCAGACGGGGCACGGCGAGAGGCCCUGCCGGAUAAACUCUAAGAACAAGCCAUCCUCCUGCCUCUUGCAGACCCGGAGGCUCGCCCCUGCUCCUCUGGACUCGCUUCGGGGGAACCGGAGAAGCAUCACCAGGGGCUGGGGCGAGCAGAGUGAGCUCCCACUGCCACAGAUCUGGUCCGCACGAGGGUCAACCUUGGGUGUACCCCAGUGUGGACACGGCUGGAGUAAUGACUUUGGUGACCCAGGGUCCUCCAAGAGUCUCCUUAAAUAAAAGGGUUGUUCGGGUCCUCUGA